UUCCUAGGCAUUCGCAAAGUGAAGAGGAGUUUGAAGUAAGUAAGAGAGAAACAGAGGGAGCUAUAGAGAGAGAGAGAGAAAGAAAGAGAGUCAUGGCAUCGUUUCCAGUAAUUAACAUGGAGAAGUUGAAUGGUGAGGAGAGAGUAGCUACCAUGGAGUCCAUUAGGGACGCUUGUGAGAACUGGGGUUUCUUUGAGUUGGUGAAUCACGGGAUAACUCAUGAGCUGAUGGACAAGGUGGAGAAGAUGACGAAGGAGCACUACAAGAAGUGUAUGGAGCAGAGGUUCAAGGAGUUGGUGGCGAGCAAGGCCCUCCAAGGUGUGGAAACAGAGAUCAAGGAUAUGGACUGGGAAAGCACCUUCCAUGUGCGCCACCUCCCUGUCUCAAACAUGUCUGAAAUCCCUGAUCUCGAUGACGAUUACAGGAAAACGAUGAAGGAAUUUGUGGUGGGAUUGGAGAAACUGGCAGAGGAACUGCUAGACCUUCUAUGUGAGAACCUGGGAUUGGAGAAAGGGUACUUGAAGAAGGCCUUUUAUGGAUCCAAUGGCCCAACUUUUGGGACCAAGGUCAGCAACUACCCUCCCUGUCCUAAGCCAGAGCUGAUUAAAGGCCUGCGAGCCCACACAGAUGCGGGCGGCAUCAUUCUGCUCUUCCAGGACGACAAGGUCAGCGGCCUCCAGCUGCUCAAAGACGGCCAAUGGGUCGAUGUCCCUCCUAUGCGCCAUUCCAUUGUUGUCAACCUCGGUGACCAGCUCGAGGUAAUCACAAAUGGGAAGUACAAAAGUGUGAUGCACAGAGUCAUAGCUCAAACAGAUGGAAAUAGGAUGUCGAUUGCAUCGUUCUACAACCCAGGAAGCGACGCUGUGAUAUACCCAGCAACCUCUUUGGCUGUAAAGGAUCAGCAAAGUCAGGUUGAGUACCCCAAGUUCGUGUUCGAGGACUACAUGAACCUUUAUGCAGGGCUCAAGUUCCAGGAAAAAGAACCCAGGUUUGAGGCCAUGAAGACCAUGGCAUCAACCAUCAGCUUGGGGGAUGUCAUUGCCACUGCUUAAGUAUACUGCUACUCUGCCAAAUAAAUUCAUGAUUUUUUACUUACAGAAACUAUACUUUAAAAGAAAGAAAAAUAGGAAUUGAAGAAGCUUGGUGUUUGUUCUAGUCUCAAGUCUAAUCCCAAGUCUCGGUGGGUUUGCAAAUAAUGUUGUACUGUUGUGUGUGAGUUUGUGUCUCUCUCUCUCGUUGUAGUCGUGGAGCACAUGGCCUAGUUUACUGUGCUGUGUUUGUCUUUGCAAAAACCCUUACGGUUAAAGGUUAUAAUCAAAAUGGAAGAAUAAUGCUCGUUCUGUUAA